GCACGGACUGAGACCUGGGCAGUGUGGCGCUAUAACUCUGCAGGCAGUCGCAGGCGAGCUGGAGAGUAGCAGAGCUAUGGCCCUGAGCGAUCUGGUGCUGCUGCGAUGGCUGCGGGACGGCCGCCACUCGCGCAAGCUGAUUUUGUUCAUCGUGUUUCUCGCGCUGCUGCUGGACAAUAUGCUGCUCACCGUCGUAGUUCCCAUCAUUCCCAGCUACCUGUACAGCAUUAAGCAUGAGAAAAAUACUACGGAAAUCCAGACCACCAGGCCGGCGCUCACAGCCUCCACCUCCGAAAGCUUCCACAGCAUCUUCUCUUACUAUGACAACUCUACCAUGUUCACCGGGAAUGCCACGACGGGCCUUCCAGGAGGGCAGUCACACAAGGUUACCACCACACAGCAUGCUGUGACCAACACUACUGUCCCUUCUGACUGUCCCAGUGAAGACAAAGACCUUCUGAAUGAGAAUGUGCAAGUUGGGCUGCUGUUUGCCUCCAAAGCCACUGUCCAGCUCGUCACCAACCCAUUCAUAGGACUCCUGACCAACAGAAUUGGCUAUCCAAUUCCCAUGUUUGCUGGAUUCUGCAUCAUGUUUAUCUCAACAAUUAUGUUUGCCUUCUCCAGCAGCUAUGCUUUCCUACUGAUCGCCAGGUCCCUGCAGGGAAUCGGCUCCUCUUGCUCGUCAGUGGCUGGGAUGGGCAUGCUGGCCAGCGUGUACACAGAUGAUGAAGAGAGGGGUAACGCCAUGGGGAUUGCUUUGGGCGGCCUGGCCAUGGGGGUCUUAGUGGGACCCCCCUUCGGGAGUGUGCUUUAUGAGUUUGUGGGGAAGACAGCUCCCUUCCUGGUGCUUGCUGCCCUGGUACUCUUGGAUGGAGCUAUUCAGCUCUUUGUGCUCCAGCCAUCCCGAGUGCAGCCAGAGAGUCAGAAGGGGACACCUCUAACGACCUUGCUGAAGGACCCAUACAUCCUCAUUGCUGCAGGCUCCAUCUGCUUUGCAAACAUGGGGAUAGCCAUGCUGGAGCCCGCCCUGCCCAUCUGGAUGAUGGAGACCAUGUGUUCCCGAAAGUGGCAACUGGGAAUGGUGGACUCCUCCAUGAUGCCUAUCAUGGGCUACCUGGUUGACCUGCGCCAUGUGUCUGUCUAUGGGAGUGUAUAUGCCAUUGCAGAUGUGGCCUUUUGUAUGGGGUAUGCUAUCGGUCCCUCUGCUGGCGGUGCCAUCGCGAAGGCCAUUGGCUUUCCUUGGCUCAUGACGAUUAUUGGGAUAAUUGAUAUUGCUUUCGCUCCACUCUGCUUUUUUCUUCGAAGUCCACCUGCUAAGGAAGAAAAAAUGGCUAUCCUCAUGGACCACAACUGCCCCAUUAAAACAAAGAUGUACACUCAGAAUAAUGUCCAGUCAUAUCCCAUCGGCGAUGAUGAAGAAUCUGAAAGUGACUGAGGCCCUCUAACGUUGCCAAAUGUUUAACUGUGUAGAAGUGUUUCCAGUGAGAUGACUCAUGCAGAACUGUCUUAGUCACACCAUCCAUUGCUGGCAAAGAGUAAAACAACCAAAGGUGAUACUUUCUUUUCCAUGGUUAUGAUUGACUGCCAACAGCCUUAUAAAGAAAAAGCAGCUUUUCUAGGGGUUUGCAUAAAUAGUGUUUAAAACUUUAUUUUAUGUAUUUGAUUUUAUUAAUAUUAUACAAUAUAU